AUGGUUGUGAGGUCACUAAUAAAGGGGAUUAUUAGACGAAUUCCUUUUACGGAACAUAUACCCAUCGUUAAAGGAGCACAUAAGAAAUCUGGCCAAGAAGUAGAACAACAAUCAGAUACAGAUCUUGAAUCUAUAGACACUGACAUGUCUCAAAGUCCACAACAAAAGAUUCAUUCUAAACUAUUAAAUAAUCGAUAUAAUGAAGACCAAGUAUUUUAUGCAGAUCUGCAACAACCAAGACUAAGACAUUUAAGUUAUGUUGACAAUGCACCCGUUAUUCCGGUAUCAGUCCGGCUUACGGAGAUUAAACGUACAGGGACUUUGACAACUUAUGAUAAUACUGAUACCUUGGUAGAAAAUUCUUUGGUUUCUUCUUGUGCAUCUAGCAUACACAUGCAUGAAGGUGAAUAUGAUAACAAUGAUUAUAUUCAGACUGAUGAUAACUAUAUUCAGACUGAUGAUCAAGAAGAUUAUAGACAUUUUAUAAAUCAACAGAAUGAAAGGUUUGAUGAGUUGAUAAGUAAUAAUAUUGCUGCUGAAUUAUUACCUGAUCAAGAUAAUGGAAAUAUCGAAGAUCCUUCAUUAGUUCGGUUUAUUUAUAAGAAUCGUACAACAAUAAUGUCUUCGAUGACUGUUCGAGUAUUAAAUAAAGUACCUGUCUUACGGAAUUACUCACCCUGGAUAAGUAGGUCGAAUAGUUUUAGUUCCAAAUUGGAUGACGAGGCUACAUUGAAUAGUCCAUUUAUGUCUGAUGAUAAUGAUGGAGUAUUCCCGGACACCGAAUUUGAUCCUGUAUUUGAAGACAAUGAUGAUGGUAAAUUUGAAUUUGGAUUAAAUGAUGAGGCACAAAUUGAUACAUUUGUUAAGUCAUUAGAUGAUAGAACCAAAGUCGGAUUAUACAGUUUCUUAAAACAAGAUUUCGAAACGGUGAAUGAUCUUAAAAAUGCAACUACAUUAGAUAAAAUACAAGCUUUUUUAAUCAUUUCCAUUAAAUUAACAAUUGUGGGUGUGAAAUUGUUCAUACCCAUUUGCAAAUAUUUAUAUCAUAAAUUCCGUAACAAUCAACUAUACUUUUUCAAUAAUAACAAUUUAAGUAGUUUAUGGGACUAUAUUUUAAAAUUCAUGAGUUAUCUUGAAGCCAAAUUAGAUACUCAUGGAGUUGUUAUUGAAAAGAUUUCUCAACAUGAUUAUCAUCAAUCUGAAGCCCAAUUAGAUAAAUUAUAUCAAGAAUUUACAACUUAUACUUCAGAAUUAAUCAAUCCAAAGAAAUUACUUGAUAAAUUCAUACCCAAAGAUGAUCAAUUGACUCGAAGUUUGUUUGAAUAUUUUUUGAAUAAUUUAAGUAGAAAGGACAAGGACUCGUAUGUUCAAGAUCCAAAAUAUUCAAUGUAUUUUUCAAACAAACAAUCAUCAAUGAAAAGAAGUUCAACUACAAGUUCAAUCAGUGGUAAUGGUGGCAACAAUUUCUCAGAUGCAAAACAAUAUUUUGAAACUCCGGUAAGAGUAUAG